GGCGACCAGCAACAAAUGUAACAGCUCCCACCGCUGUCCGCAGCCCGCGACGCGCUGGGCGGCGCGCUGGACGAGCAGACGCAGACGCCGCCGCACCUCAUGCCGCCGCCCUUCCUCGUGGACGUGGAGGGGGCGCCGCACGCGCCGCGCCACCAGCGCCUCGUGCCCGGCCGCGAGCUGCUGCCCGCCAGCCAGCUGGUGCCCGCCGCGCCCGCGCACCGCGCGCUCGACCGCAUGAUACAGGCGUUGGCGGCGGAACAAGACGGCGAGGAGGCGGCGGCGGCGCCGAGCGGCGUGUGGCGCGGCGAAGGAGUUCGGCACACGCUCGGCUCGUGGCAGCAGGACGAGACGCCGCUGGCGCCGAGACGACGCGCGCUCCGCCCGCCCAAUCCUGCCAUGGCGGCCCGGGUGGCCCAGGCGCACGCAGAAUUGUACGAGCUGGAGCAGGCGUGGUUCCGGCGCGAGAUGCGGCGCCGUCCGCUCAUGAUCAGCACCGCGCCGCACGCCCCGCGCCGCCGCGCCGGCCGGCCCCACGCGCGCCCCACGCCCCGCCCGACGCCCCGCCCACGCCCCGCCCCGCCGCUGGUAAGCCCCGCUCAUGAUCAGCACCGCGCCGCACGCCCCGCGCCGCCGCACCGGCCGGCCCCACACGCGCCCCACGCCCCGCCCUAUGCCCCGCCCACGCCCCGCCCUACGAGGAGCCACCAGAGCCACCAAGCGCUUCCAGCGACACUUCAGACGAGUCAGUGCGCCUGUCUGGCUCGGGCCGCGACUCGCGCUCCAGCCGCUCGAGCCACUCCAGCGGCAGCGCCUCUGAUUCUAGCAGGUAGCGACUGUGGGCCCUGCUGCCAUUGUAACACGGGCUAUAUUACUUCAGACGAGUCGGUGCGCCUGUCUGGCUCGGGCCGCGACUCGCGCUCCAGCCGCUCGAGCCACUCCAGCGGCAGCGCCUCUGAUUCUAGCAGCAGUUCCUCAUCUUCGCAAUAUUCCGACUGGGAGGCGGGCGCAGCGCUCGCACCGCCCGCGCGUGCCCGUCGCCGUCCGCUGCCUGCCAAAAGAUACAGUCCCAGCGCAGUGGCCGCAAAACGAGCCGAGCGAACCGAGGACCUUCCUACCACCUCCGCUGCGUCCCCCACCACCCCCGCCGAAGACACGGCGCCCCCUCCCGACGAGCUGGGCGACGCCUACCGCGUGGGCGACUGGCUGACGGCCGUGUCGCCGCGCAAGGCGCCCUACCAUCCGCAGAUGGGCGACGAGUGCUUGUACUUCAGGCUGGUGAGUCACCGGGCCCGCGCCCAUAGAGUUGGGCGACGCCUACCGCAGUUGGGCGACGCCUACCGCGUGGGCGACUGGCUGACGGCCGUGUCGCCGCGCAAGGCGCCCUACCAUCCGCAGAUGGGCGACGAGUGCUUGUACUUCAGGCUGGUGAGUCACCGGGCCCGCGCCCAUAGAGUUGGGCGACGCCUACCGCAGUUGGGCGACGCCUACCGCGUGGGCGACUGGCUGACGGCCGUGUCGCCGCGCAAGGCGCCCUACCAUCCGCAGAUGGGCGACGAGUGCUUGUACUUCAAGCUGGGCCACCAGCGCUACUUUGAGGCGGUGGCGGAGAAAGACCUGUACAAGGUGAACCCGCGCGACAAGCCAUGGGAGCGCACGCACGUCAACGACUGCGAGGUGGUGAAAGUGAUCGGCAUCAAGUACGUCAUCAAACCUCCUCGAGUGGUGUGCCUGCGGCUGGCCUGCUCGCUGGACGCGGCGCGCGCGCGAUCCUUCACCGUGCGCUACCACGACAUGCCCGACGUCAUCGACUUCCUCGUGCUCCGCCAGCAGUACGAGGCCGCCACGGCGCGCCACUGGGGGCCCGGCGACAGGUGA